AUGGCCUACUUCGUCGACGAUGACUACGACAGGUGCUGCUUCGGAAUAGCGACACUGACGCGUGGCACAGUAUACAUCGGUAUUUUUGAGAUCAUCUGUGCAUUUUUGUUCGUCGUUAUCAUCGUUACGGCAUUUGGCAUCGGAUCGCAGGACUUUAUCCCAUCGCUGAUGAACCUGCCACUGUCUGUUAUCACUGGCUAUCUGUUACUGGUCGGAAUUCGGCGCGACAGACCGGCCUUCCUACUGCCAUACCUCGUAUUUGUUAUUACCAAGAUAAUCUUCAUCAUCAUCGUCAUCGUACUCUGUGUCACCACCAUGCCAUUCGUCCCGACGAUCAUACCGUCAGUCUAUAGCAGCUUGGUGGGUCAUCUUGUGGCCAGAAUUUUAAUUUAUUCCAUAUGGGCAUCAUUACUCGUAUGGUUUUUCGUCAUCGUUUGCAGAUGCUUCAGGGCGAUGAAAAUUAGCAGUUUGUGA